AUGGACGCACCAGAUAUUUCUUAUGAGCAUCAGGAGACAUCUGUUCCAAACAGAUCCGGAAUAAUUCCCACCCUUCAGAACGUUGUUGCAACGGUCAAUCUGAGCUGUAAACUCGACCUGAAGAAUAUAGCCCUCCGGGCCAGAAAUGCCGAAUAUAAUCCGAAAAGAUUCGCUGCUGUGAUAAUGAGGAUAAGAGAGCCGAAAACCACAGCACUGAUUUUUGCUUCCGGAAAAAUGGUGAUAACGGGUGCAAAGAGCGAGAAGAGUUCGAGAAUGGCAGCCCAGAGGUAUGCAAAGAUAAUCCACAAGCUGGGAUUCAAUGCAACAUUUGAUGACUUCAAAAUACAGAACAUAGUUUCGUCUUGCGACAUCAAAUUCAGCAUCAGGCUAGAGGGGCUGGCAUAUGCCCAUAGCAACUACUGCAGCUACGAACCAGAGCUCUUUCCAGGGCUGAUUUACAGAAUGGUCAAGCCCAAGAUUGUACUCUUGAUAUUUGUUUCUGGAAAGAUUGUUCUCACCGGUGCCAAAGUGAGAGAUGACAUUUACCAGGCAUUCAACAAUAUAUAUCCCGUGCUGAUACAGCACAGAAAGGCAUAA